AUGACUAUUCUUCAUCGCAACCCCUUCCGGUCGCGCAUCGUCCUCUCUGUCCGGCCUUCGCCGCAUCUGAAGGCAUCUGCCGAAUCUCAGUCCUAUGACCCCGCUGCGGGAUUAUUUCAGGAAUCUUCCGAUGUACCCGUGCUUCACCUUGACGGUGACCUACCCGAUGGCUUGAUGGCUAAGCCUAUAUACGCGAGAUCCCGUCAGUCUUUCUUCGCGCGGCUGCUGAGCAGCCACGCUAUCGAACAGGUAUACGGCCAAGAAGGAGAGGAAGCUAAUGAAUACGACGAGCGGGAACUCUUUGCCCUAAACUGGAACGGAGAGGAACUUCUGGACGCCGUCAUCACGAUCCGCGAACUCAUGAGGAAAUUACGAGUAAAUGGCAAUCAUGUCGAUCUCAUCAAGGGGCACAAACUCAAGAAUGGCGACACGAUUGAAGUGGGAUCGCCAAGAUCAGCCCUCGGCGACGCUGCCACGUCGAACGACUGGCAAACCUUGACCUACAGAUUCGACGCUUUGUUCAUCCCGGAUAGGACGCAAGAAAACCGGACUCCUUAUAAGGCCCUUCGAUGGCUAGGUCGAGGUUCAUACGGCCAAGUUGCGCAAGUUCAGAAUAUUGCCAACCGCGAGUUCUACGCCAUUAAAGAGGUUAGAACCAUCGAAGCGGAUAAAGAAGAGGCAUUACGCGAACCCCUACUUUGGCGGGAUCUUAUCCAUGAAUGUGUAUGCAAAUAUACUCGACACUGGGUCGACAGCGAUGCUGGGGGUGAAGGGGUUUCGAUUUACACCGUUAUAAGCUACGCGCCGUUCGGAACUCUUGCAGACUACAUCAAGGUAAAAACAUGCGACGAACCUCCGAAUGAUCUCGUCAAUCGCAGGAUAACUUCCCAGAUUUGCCGGGCUUUCGACUAUCUUCAUGGGGAAGAUGUCGCUCAUUGUGACUUCAAGCCCGAUAACGCUGUCAUAGACCGCCUAGACGCCGACGGCAACCCAGACAAAGUCUCCGUCAUUGAUUUCGGUAUGGCUUUAAGAUUCGGUCACCUCCACGAACUCUGUACUGCGGUAGAGCACUAUCGCGCUCCAGAAAUCGGUCUACAAGAUGCAUCCAUCACGCUAGCCAUCGAUAGCUUUGCCAUUGCUGCGACCGUAUACUGCGUCGCGACUAAUGGGUAUGACCUGGUCGAAGUCCGCUACCCGGUAGAUAGCGGCUCCGGGUUUGAAGUUUGCGACGCUAAGAAGAUGAACGAGCUUAGGACCCUUCGGCUGGACAGAUUGAAGAACCGCAAACACUUGCAAGACUUCAUCAGACGCAUGUCACUAGAGGAUCCUGGUGAGCGUAUGAGCCCUCAAGAAGCUCUCAGCCACAUAUGGCUCCAUCCCGAACCACAGUCUUCGUCCGAAACGACUGCUGCUUUUGUACAGGAGGUCGAACCUGAGGCUGAACCGGCAGAGGCCAAGCGUACGCGUAGCCAGCGGUCACCUCAAACUUCGGCAAGCUCAUUGUCCUCCGGGUUACGUUAUGACAAGCGAGCGCGCUUGUCGCAAAAGUCCCAUCCCGGUGAUCACCGGCGUCGACCCACCGACGACUGGAUCAGUGCUGAUCAGCACUGA